AUGUAUAAACCUGCUUUCUUUAGAUUAUUCCGAGUUGUGCAUGCUCCACUAUUUCUUCGUAGUUUUGCAUCUGAUAGAAGACAUAUGAAAGAUUCUGGUGGAAAGUGGAUUGAAGAACCUCCUUCACAUGAGCCUAUAGUUGCAGAAGAUGGAACAGUGCACAACCUGAAUGAAUACAUUAACAUAUCUGUCGCUGAUGCUAUCACUGAUGUUACUAUCAGUUCAGUCAAAGAUGUAAUUUUUACCCAGAAAAAUGGUGUGGUGAUAAAGGCUAAUCAGCUUGUGGAAUUCAUCUGUCAGUUAUCUUUAGAAUAGCCCCAUUCAUAUGGCUCCCCUGGUUUGUAUAUGUUCAGCUGCUAUACAAGAUACUGUCAAAUAUUGUCUCCCUUUUAAUGGGUGUUGUAAAAAUGCUUCUUUUGAAGGUAUCUUUUUGAGAGUGGUGUGCAAGGAAUGCAAGUUUAAGCUACAUUUUUUACUGUAAUUCUUCAAUACUAUCCGUGGUUUAUUACUA